AUGCACCACACCGCAACCAUAUUGAAAAAUGAAGAGCAUCAGCACCGUCCCGUUGGGCAUUCGUCAUUCCCAAUGAGCCCAAUUGGCCGCCCACAAACGCGGGGCCUGCAGCUGGAAACCACAUCGCCGCUUUUAGUAAUAGGAGCAACCCCUGGUGUUGGGGCUACGGAUACUGAAUUAACGGUGGCUGUCGAAAUCCGCCGUUCGACCAGCCUGCCGGGACACAGGCCGCCUUUAAUCUUUUUUGGGGCUGCACAGAAGACGGACCAGGCGAUAGUGCCGGCAGUCUGCGUCAAAUACGAUUUUCUUUUUGUCUCAUUGACGGGGCCUGGACGUCGCUUGUCGGGUCAUCGUUUGGUCCUAAUUCCUGUGGUUAAUAAUUUUGGAGUUAAGGGACCCCUUACCACGUACAACGUAAAUACAAUAACAUACUACGUACUGGCCAAGGUCCAUUCUCGCUACAACCAACAGAAACACGUAAAUUGUAAAUACUGUACACUCAACCUAUUCUACAUACUGUACGUACCCAAGGUACCGUACACAAAGUUUGCAAACCGGGGUUGCACAGCCAUCGUCUUGCGCCCCAGUAAGAGUGCAGCGCACGAGUCGCCUCCAUGCAAAGCAGGCAGGACCUGCCGACCCGCCCACUAG